AUGAUUUUAUCGGAGCAGCGACCACUCGGGGAUAUUGCUAUUCCAAAAUUAGACUCUGACGAUGAGGAUAUUUCUUUUCCAAGGAUGAAGACUAGGCGUCCGGCUAGUCCGAUACGCAGCGUCGAAGUUGUUCUCGAUGAUGAAAACGAUGAUGAUGACGAGCGCUUGGCUCGACGUAAAUCCCGGUUGCUGGAGCCUCAUCCUGCGAGCGCUAACAGUCCUUGUGCUAAUUCCAGCACAGCCAAACGAAGAGAAGCUGCUGCACCUCGCGGGAUAUCCCAAGCUCAAAUAGGUGAACACUACGGAAAUUGUAUACGUCUAGCUGCAGAGAAUAAGAUUACAGCUAAAAAUGCCUUCAAUUUGCAUCUCAUCGAUUACAUGAGCGACAUGUUAAAGAAAGAAGACUUUGCCAGCUUUCAGCCUCAACCCACCGAAGAUGAUGACGGAGAAGGCGCUUUAGACGAAGAUGCCACUAAUCCAACCGGUGCUGUCGGAAAAGAGAACCGUAAGAAAGCUCAAGUCCAUAGAGACAUCAUCCAGAAGCAAUUGAAUAAAAUCCGUUCUAAAGUUCUUGCGGCCAAAGCGGAUGUCGAUCCGCUGUUUCAACAUCAAACUGCUUCAUACGAUGAAGGCGGAACAGCAGAAUUGCGUUUGAACCAGCUUAGUACCUUGGAUGAGGCGUGCGUGCUCAUCUUGGAUUCCUCCACUCGAAUCAUGCAUACCUCGUGUAAAUCGACAUCUAACGUGGUUAACAUAGCUGGGAUCUUGGACUUUCUAUCACCUGUGCAGCCAAAGAAUAUCAACCAACUCACCAUGUGUUCCAGUCUUGAGGAUUUUCGUUUUAUGAAUUGGGAUAUAAGUCAAAUGGUGGUAAUGUAUUUCUUUACUCACGUUUCAAUUCUUUCGUCCAUAAAAGCUCUGACGCAACAACCUCCUGAGAUCACAGAGCAGAUUAUCCCAUGCGGAUCUUCGGCUGCCACUGCAGCGACCACAGCAUUCGGUGGAGAUAAACCAGUUGUCGAUGCCGAAGGUGAAUCAAAUGUUGCUCAAACUAGCGGUACAGAUGGCGAGUUGUUUGUGUCCAGCCUAAAGAGCAUGUUGGACAAACAAUACGAACACUUCGGACAGCUAAAUGAUCAUCUUCUGGGUAUGUGGGCCGGUCCGGAACACUGGCGAAAAAAAGCAAAACGUCGUCGAAUCAAUCCUAUCACGGGACGCGACGAAGAAAUAGAUGGUGAAGCCCAAUUUCCCAACGGAGAUGAUGACGACGAUGUGACGGUGGCCGGUAAAAGUCGAAAAUCGUCUCGAUCGAAAAAAGAAAAAACAACUAAACUGUUGUAUUUAGAAGCCCUUGCUCCAGGAGAAAACAAGACCCGGUACUGUCAAUAUUUGAUACUUACUAUCUCAUUACAACAUUAG